UCUCGUCUCACAAGCUCACCCCCACCCCCACUGUGCACACCUGACACCUUCCUCCAUGCCCCGGCGAGAUCCGAUGCACCCCGCCUCUGUCGACCUGGCCCUCGUGCUGGCCCGCCUCCACCGAGCCAACCCUGCGUCGGAGCUCUUCCUUCCCCAGCCUUCUUCCCCGCUGACGCACCCACACCCCGACCGGCAGCAAAGCAUCCCACCCGAGCGGACGCGCUCCUUGCCCACAGACCGGCGCCGACGCGGCCACGUGCCCAACUUCUCCCUCCCGUCGUCGUCCUACGUCCCGCCGCGUCGAUCCCUCGCCGGGUCGAUGCAUCCCGCGGCUGGGACCUUCGAUCCCCGUCGGAUCUGGGCCGAAGGCUGCGGCUGCUUCGGCUGGCCCCUGCAGAUUCCAACCAUCGACGACGCCCCUGCUCGUUGUGGACUCGUGGACCUAUGAAUCCACAAGUCAACAUGCAGUGCCGGAGCAUGGGCUGCGUCGGCAAGGUCGACAAGGCCAUCAGGCCAUGGCCUUCGUGAGAACCUUCACAGAGGUGGAAAUGGCGGUGGGAGAUGUCGGCACUGGAGUCGUGGCCGUGGCGGGGAAGAUGAAGCGGGCGGAGCUAUGCCAGUGGCUCAAGAGGAAGACAAGGAAGGAUGUGAAGAUUUUUUGUCCUCGUCCACCGGCUGAGAAUCUUGUUAAGCAGGGGCUAGGCAACUUCACACUGCUAGACGAAGGAAUUGACACACACAGUUCAAGCAACAUCAAAACUAUUCUAGGCAAGUGGCAGACAUCAGAGAGAAAGUCAGGACCCCCAAACAAAACCUUUCCAAGCUAUCAAAGUAAUGCCCAAGUAAGGAAACCUCUACCAGCAAUCACCUACUCUCCAGGACGCAGUACAAAACAUUGCAGGAUAUUAGAGAAAUGAGGGAAAACGCAAUGGGAGAAAAGUUUGCACCCACGAUGAACAAAGGUCCUUUCGAUGGGGUGGAUUCACUGCCCCCGUCCUCCUUUUGCAUGUGGGAGAAGAAAAGAAGAAGAGUGUGGGGACAGGUGGGGAGAGAAGAAGAAAGGAGGGAGGGGCCAAUGGGCGUAGGGGCAAUUGAGAGGAG